UUCAAAACAUUGCUUCGUCGGUCUGAUGAGUGUAGCAAUAUGCGGCAACGAACUCAAACAUCAGUAAUUUCUUUAGUUUUUCUUUUUAUCUGCGUUAGAUGUUUUAAUCCUUUUGACGAGGGGCAAUAUGAUAUUAAUUGGGGUGGACCGGUAUCGUUGCGAGAAGGACAAGUGACAACGAAUGGUGAGGAAUUCUUAAGCAGUAGAGAGUCAGUGGUAAUGAUAACAAAGGAUAAUGAAAAAUACAGAUGUAUACUACCCAAAGAUGAAACACUUAAUGAGAAAAAACAUUUGUACAAUGAACCAGAUCCAGAGAUACUUUUGGAGUCUCUUCUAAGGAGAGGAGAGUGCUCAUACAGGUUAGAUUCAUAUUGGACAUAUGAACUCUGUCAUGGAAGACAUGUCAAACAGUUCCAUGAGCUUAAAGCUGGUGUACAGGAUUCAAAAGCGCAGGAGUAUUACUUAGGAAAACUUGAACCCAAGAUCUUAGACAAGAAGUCCUCAGGUGAUCCCAAACCUUUAGAUUCGCCUCCUAUGGAAGCAGAAGAUCCUAGCAAGAUUAUUCCAACUCGCAAGAUCAAUGGUCAAGUCUUUCCUUACUACAAAGUGGUCAUGGAUAAUGGCACCGCUUGUGAUCUGCUCGGCAAUAAACCCCGAACAACAAAUAUAAUUUACAUGUGUGCACCGAGGUCAAGUAACGAGAUUAUUUCUGUCAAAGAGAUCCAUACUUGUCACUAUGAGGUUGAAGUGUUCACGCCACUUAUUUGUGCCAACCCAGCAUACAGUUAUCGUGAAAAGCCUGUGCAUCAUAUAAGUUGUCACUCGAUGGAGGGUUCACCAGAUGAGCCCAGAAGUUAUUCUGAAUUGAUGGAGGAGAAAUUUAGUGUUGAGGGAUUCUUGCCUCCAGAAGACGAUGACAAGUCACCAGUGCCAGCAGAUGAACACAGAAAAAUUUUACCCCAGCCUGACAAUCUGCUGACUGCAUCAUUUCUAAGUGGAGAUUACUGUCUUGUUGGUGGAGGGUCUGGCUGGUGGAAAUAUGAGUUUUGUUACGGCAAACAAGUGACGCAGUUUCACCAAGAGGCAAAUGGUCCCAGAAUAAAUAUACUUCUCGGAAAAUGGGUGGAAAAUGCUCAUAUCAGCUGGAAGAAAGAUAAAUGGGCAGGUGACGGGUACAUCGAUCAUUUUUACAGUGCAGGGGACGUUUGCGACUUAACUGGAAAACCAAGGAGUGUCGUAGUUAGAUUAAAAUGCAAGGAGUCCACACAUCUUCAAGAAGUUGCCCUUUCGCUAACGGAGCCAAGCACGUGUGAAUAUAUUCUAAGGGUUGAAUCUCCAAUUAUUUGUCCUCUCUUGGAAAAGAUGGAUGAACAUGGAUUAUUUGUAGUGGAAAAUUUGUGAAAAAAAAACCCGUCUGCCGAUGAACGUCUUCAUCCGAAAAUACCAGCAAAUUUCUUUUUGUGAAAAUAUAAGUGAGAACGACAGUGUUUAUCUAUGAAAAAUAGAAAACCCUGUUUUCUGGGCUUAAGUAUCAAUUAAUUUAAACUAUUGCAUCAGGGUCAGCCAAAGAAGCAUAUGUAAAUGAGGAACCAACUUUGGAUGAACUCCGACGCUCCGCUUUGUUGGCUUCGCUGACCUCACUUUUAAGAACCAUCACAAAACUGCUAGCCUGAAAGGUUACAUAAUGGUUCUAUAUCGUAAGGUAUUUUCACGAAAUUUGCUGAAACUUACGUUGGGCGGGUUUUCUCGCCAAGUGUCCCAUAAACCGUUGCAUUGCUCGGCUCUUUUGUUAAGAGGACAGAAGUCCUUUUUUUAUCGCUGUGAAAAAACUACCGCAAUUAUGCAAGGGGUUGCAAAAUAUUACAAAGACAAGAUAGCGCAUCAAAAAGGCAGUGAUAUUAAGAGGAAGGAGGGAUUGUUAAGGACAAAGAGGAUUAAAUCGGUUAACAAAUACUUAGCCUCAUUAGGUUUGGGUAUUUUGUUUUCGUUUUGUAUUAUUAUUAUUAUUAUUUUAUUUAUCUAUUUUGUGCGCGUGUGUGUGUGUGUAUGUCUGUCGUGCAAUAACCGUGAACCUCAAUAUCGUAGUUGAAGACACUUUCUCUAAACUGACAUCGCUGGAAAUAGCUUUGAAACGAGCAAAAGAAAAACAAAAUUAGGAAAAGAAGACGAAGAAGAAACUGAGGGCGCUCGCCUUACAUAAGAACUGGCCGGCCAUUCCGGUUUAGCAGAAAAGAGAAUUCCUCUGUAGAUCAGAGGUGUGCGGCUACAUUUUUAAUUCCUAUAUUCCUAUAACCUUUACAGUGUACUGUUGCGUUUUUAUAGGGGAACACUCCACUGGGAGACAUUUUUAUUUGCCAUGUGUCGUUUUGGCCCGUGAUUUCUGUAAAAUAGGCGCCCCAUUGUUUAGAAUGCUCUCGUGCUGUUCUUUCAGUACGAUUUGCUACGGUUUGUAAUUAAGAUAUUUUUACAAAUUUGAAAGGAAACAAUUUAUCUAGGGUAAUUAUAUUUUAUGCGAAAGUCUAAUGAAAAAGGUAAAAAUCAGAGGAAAAAAACCAU